GCGCGGGGCCGCGGAGCCCGGGCGCGCGCUCCCGCGGAGAUUUGUCCCCGCGCGCGCGCCGUAGCGGCGGCGGCGGCGCGCGGCGGCGAUGGGCGAGACCAUGUCCAAGCGGCUCAGGUUGCAGCUGGGCGGGGAGGCGGCCAUGGAGGAGCGCGCCUUCGCCAACCCGUUCCCGGACUACGAGGCGGCCGGCGCCGGGCUCGCCGCCGGGGCGGCCGACGACGCGGGCUGCGCUCGGUCGGCGCCCGCCCCCGACCCGCUCGGCCUGCCGUUCCGGGACGACGGCCAGAUCAUUCAGAGUUUCACAAGGCGGAUCCAGAACAAAAUCAAAGAUCUUCUGCAGCAGAUGGAAGAAGGGCUAAAGACCGCAGACCCACACGACUGCUCUGCGUACACUGGCUGGACAGGCAUAGCCCUUCUGUACCUGCAGUUGCACCGGGUCACGUCUGAUCAGACCUAUCUGCUUCGAUCCUUGGACUAUGUCAAGAGAACGCUUCGGAAUCUGAGUGGACGCCGAGUCACCUUCCUCUGUGGAGAUGCCGGGCCCCUGGCUGUGGGGGCUGUGGCCUAUCACAAACUCAAAAGUGACACUGAGGCACGGGAGUGCGUCACAAGACUUUUACAGCUCCAGAGAGCCGUUGUCUGCCGAGACUCGGACCUUCCUGAUGAGCUGCUGUACGGGCGGGCAGGUUACCUGUACGCCUUACUUUAUCUCAACUCCGAAAUGGGUCCAGGCACCGUGAGUGAGUCAACCAUUAAGGAGGUGGUCACUGCUAUUAUCGAAUCAGGCAAGAGUUUGUCAAGGGAAGAGAGGAAGACUGAACGGUGUCCCCUGUUAUACCAGUGGCAUGGGAAGCAGUACGUGGGGGCAGCACACGGCAUGACGGGAAUCUACUACAUGUUAAUGCAGCCAGAAGCAAAAGUGGACCAAGAAACCUUGACUGAACUGGUGAAACCUAGUAUUGAUUAUGUGCGCCACAAAAGAUUCCGCUCUGGAAAUUACCCCUCGUCAUUAAGCAACGAAACAGACCGACUGGUGCACUGGUGCCAUGGCGCGCCGGGCGUCAGCCACAUGCUGAUGCAGGCAUACAAGGUAUUUAAGGAGGAAAAAUACUUAAAAGAUGCCAUGGAGUGUAGCGAUGUGAUUUGGCAGCGGGGAUUGCUCCGGAAGGGCUAUGGGAUUUGCCAUGGGACUGCAGGGAAUGGCUAUGCUUUCCUGUCCCUUUACCAUCUCACACAGGAUAAGAAGUACCUCUACCGAGCUUGCAAGUUUGCAGAGUGGUGUCUCGACUAUGGUGCACACGGGUGCCGUAUCCCUGAUAGGCCGUAUUCGCUCUUUGAAGGCAUGGCUGGAGCAAUUCACUUUCUCUCUGACAUCCUCGUCCCAGAAACAUCACGGUUUCCUGCAUUCGAACUUGGCUCUUCAAAGAGAGACAAAAAGGUGUCAGAAGACUACUGAGAAACCUAUUUGGACCUAACACCACCAGAAUGCUUUGUGCCUGACAAAGAACCAACUGUGAAUCACACAAAAGAGGGGGGGAGCAGCAAACACCAUCCUAGCUCCCUCUGUUAUGGAGACCUUCCAGUCAGAGCAUGAGUGAUGACCGUUUUUUUUGUUUCCUUUUAUUUUGUUUUGUUUUUGUAACAGGAGCCCCCUGGUGUAAAUAGGAAUUCAUCACACUCAGAA